AUGGCUACUCAGAAAGUCUUUCGUCUCCCCAAGCGCACCUCUAUUCAUGACCUCGAGGUCAACACCGAGCCGGUGCCCGAGCCUGCUUCUCAAGAAGUCCUCAUCCGGAUCCGAAACGUCGCCCUCAACUUCCGCGACUUUGCCGUCGCCACGGGAAAAUAUCCUUUCCCCGUCAAGGACAAUGUCAUACCCUGCUCUGACUUGUCCGGUGACGUCGUCAGUGUCGGAGAUCGAGUCGAAGGAUUCUCCAAGGGAGAUAGAGUCAUCGCUUCCUUCGACCUUAACACCUUGUAUGGGGCCAUGCAGGACUGGCACCAUAGCCUAGGCGGCUGCUAUGAUGGCGUGCUCCGGCAAUUCAUAGCAUUGCCUAGUUCUGCCCUGGUCAAGGUACCGUCGGAUACGCAGCUGAGCUAUGCACAGCUAUCUGCUCUCGUCUGCACAGGAACGACCGCAUGGAACGCGUUAUAUGGCAAUGUCGCUCUCAAGCCUGGCCAAACAGUUCUAUUCCUCGGCACCGGAGGUGUUUCCACCACUGGUCUCAUGCUGGCCAAGGCAGCUGGCGCCAUCACAAUCAUUACUUCCUCGUCAGAUGCCAAACUCAAACAUGUCCAAGAGACUUAUGGCGCUGAUUUCGUCAUCAACUAUCAAUCGACUCCUGAUUGGUCGCAAGAGGUUCUCAGAAUCACCAGCGGUCGCGGUGCGGAUUUUAUCUUUGAGAACGGUGGUGCCGGGACCAUCAAGCAGAGCAUCAGUGCGGUGGCUUAUGGCGGAUCUAUUGCCGUGAUUGGCUUUCUCUCUUCGUGCCCGCAGGAGGAAAUGCCUGACGUGGCAGCCCUUGCUUUGUCCAAGGGAGCGGUGGUGCGCGGGAUCAUGGUAGGAUCUAAGCAGCACUUGGAAGAUGUUGCACGGUUCGUGGCAUCCAAGAACCUAAAGGUUCCCGUGGAGAAAGAGUUUGGGUUUACGAGAGAUGAAGUUAUCGCUGCUCUGGAAUACAUGGUUAGCGGACAGCACGUUGGCAAGAUCUGCAUCAGGGUGGACUAG